CUCAAUACAACUCAUGUCUCCCUCACUGAUUCUCCCUUCCUACGCCAGCUACCAGAAUGUCCACGAGUCGCUGCCCCAUCUACUUCAACGCCUAGACAAUGUUCCCACCCCUCACAAUCAGAUGAUGGGAAUCCUCCUGGACGCUUGCAAAUACCGCGCAGACCACGAUUCUAGUCACAAAGCUAAGGUCGAAGGCCUGAUUCUUUUCCGAGGAUUCCAUAACAUGGAUGGCUUCAGCGCGCAGCCAUUGAAGCCUAUCGUCACAUUCGAGGAUCUGCUGGUAGCCUUGGCGAAGAAUCUGGAAGGUCGGAUCGCGGUGGGACGGCCGGAUACGAGGGAGAAGGUCUACUUUAACAUGAAUUAUUUCGUGCUGGAGUUUGGAGCUAUUCGUCACAUGCAAGCAUUCCAGGAUCUCUGUCUCACGUACCUUGAGAAGCCUUUGGGAAAGGUUGUGCGGUCUGAAAAUGGUAGGAUUUAUCUUUUCGUGGACAACGUUGAAGAGCCCGAGAUACUGAGACUGGCAACUGAGGAGUUCGAAGAAGCGUUGAACGAGGUAUAUGGGCCUAGCGAAGGUGACAACGAGGUGGCUUAGCGACAGAGCAGCUCGAGCGGGAUUGGGGAUGUUCGGCUAGC